AUGCUUCCCAAGCUUGCAACUUUAGUGCUCGCGCCUGUAUUGGCGAAUGGCGUUGCUGUCGCGGCCGAGCCCUUGUAUAAGAAGCCCGUCAACAUCCCCGGUUACGGCUACGUGCAGGGAAAGGCUGCUGUCAACUCCAGCGUCCUGCCGAGCCCUGGAACGGCACUUUCAAUGCAACUGAAUUCGGUGCCAUCUGCCCUAUCACACUCUCUAUCCUGGCGGAUUAUGCCCAGAGUGAAGAUUGCCUCAACCUCAACAUCUGGACCCCUUGCUACCUCGCCUGACGAGAAGCUUCCUGUGGCCAUCUGGAGCUAUGGCGCCGGAACGGCACCCCCGCAAACCACCUACAACGGUGCAGGUGUGGCUGACAAGGGGAUCAUCUUCGUCUCCUACAACUACCGCAACGGUGUGUUUGGCUUCAUGGCGCACCCAGAGCUGACCGAGACCAACGGUCGCAACGCUUCAGGCAACUGGGGUGUCCUUGACCAGUAUGCAGCGGUCAAAUGGGUCCACGAGAAUAUUGCGGCCUUUGGCGGUGACCCGGAUCAUAUUUCCGUGAUCGGCCAGUCGUUCGGCGCUGCGGCCACCUAUCACAUUGUGAACAGCCAGUUGACUGCUGAUCUGGGUAUCGUCAACGCUAUCUCUGAGUCUGGUGUUCGCUCUCCCAAUGACCCCAACACUGGUGUCUUCGAGUGCGCCUACACUACCUUGGAUGAUGCCGAGACCAUGGGUGAGGAAAUUAUUUCCUCCCUUAACGUCAGCUCCAUUGCCGAAGCCCGCUCCAUUGACACUACCACCCUGCUCGACUCGACCAGCACCUACAGUCUGGAGGUGAAGCCUGUUCUCGACUACUACGCCAUCCCGUCCAAGUACAUCAACACUCUCGAGAAGGGUGCCGGCAACAAGGUCCCCUACAUUACCGGAAACAACGCCAACGAGGAUGGAGCCUCCGCCACAGUCAGCACCACCGUCGCGGCAUACAAGUCAAGUCUGAACUCCAGCUACGGUGACUUCGCACCCCGUUUCUGGGCUCUCUACCCCGCCGAUAACGACACUCAGGCUGGUGAACAGGAGGACCAGAUCGUCCGUGACAUGUUCCGCGUCAGUAGCUGGCAGUACAUGAACGGCUUCUCCAACUCUGCCGACCAGGUUGACACCUACACCUACUACUGGAACUACGGUAGCGCUGCCCAUGCCUCUGAGAUUGUCUACGUCUUGAACAACCUGUGGGCCCAGGGUGAGGACUACUUCGAGGAGGACUACUACGUGGCCAAUGUCAUGAGCAGCUACUGGGCCCACUUCAUGAAGACUGGUAACCCCAACACCGGCGGUUCCUACAACAAUGGAACCCUCCCUGCCAAGUGGAAUGCCAACUCUCCGUCUAAGAACGAGACUUUCUUGGUCGGUGCUGUGUACGAGACCAUGGAUACUGCUGCGACUGAGCGUGUCCAGUUGAUCCUGGAUUACUUUGCCGCCCAGACUCCUUACUAG